AUGUUUCUAACCUAAAAAAAAAACCCUACUGUCACCACACGUGUCUCACAUUUGUUUACAAAAAUUAUUGUAUUAUUUUCAUUAAAAUAUAAAAGUUUAUCAAGUUAUCUGUAAAUAAAUUAUAAUAAAUAAUAUGGAAACAAACAAAACUAAAAGACAGCGAAAGAAUUCAAAUAAUUCAUCAACGUCAAAGGACAAUAUUGUGGAAAAAUCAAAUUUCUUAACGAAGAAAAAAUACAAAACUGUAUAUGAUUCUGAAGAAGAAGCCAGAUUGGAAAGAGCUGUAUUUGGCGAUGCAAAUGAUGUCAUAGAAAAUCUUUUGGGUGAUGAUGAUUUUAAAACGAAUGUAAAAGAAGAACAUUCAUUUGUGACGAAAAUUGAUGACAGUGACUCUGAUACUAAUCGACAAAUUUCUGAUUCGGAUAAUGAUGAUGAAGAUGAAGAUGAUUGCGAUUCUAUCAGUGAUUCGCCAAGGAAAAAACAAAAAGCUUGGGUUGAUGAAGACGAUAAUCAAUAUUCAGUCGAAGAUGCUUUUCAAGCACAAAAUCGAAAACUAAAACAAGCAGGAGGUGAAAAAAAGUAUACUCAACUUUUAAGUAAAAAAUUCGAGGAAAUUUAUGGAAAGCCGAAAUGGGCAACACUGGAUAAGGAAAGAGAAAUUGAUUCCGAUGAUUCAGACAGUGAAAUUUUAAGACAUAGUAACCAUACGGUAAUAUCAAAAAGCAAAAAAUUACGAAAAGGUACAAUAGAUCUAAAAGCUGUUACUGAUAUUAAUAGAAAAACUCAUCAGGAAGGACCCUAUGUAUCUAGUAUACAAUUUCAUCCAACUUCCACUGUUUCAUUAGUUGCUGGAUCGUCAGGAGUGCUUUCUCUUUUUGAGAUCGACGGUAAAGAAAACAAUAAAUUACACAGUUUAAAGUUUCAAAAAUUUCCUAUAAAUACAGCUCGAUUCUUAAAAGAUGGAACUCAAAUUAUUGUUGGUUCUAUGAGUUUUGCGCAUUGUUUUACUUACGAUUUAAUAAGCGGUAGCACACGUAAAGUUUCUCUACCGCAUGGAAUAACUAACAUGAAGAAAUUUGAAGUUUCUCCUGAUGGAAAAUACAUAGCUGUCUGUGGACGAUUGGGUGAUAUACAUUUAUUGUCAAGUAUCACAAAAGAAUUAAUUUACACUUUUAAAAUGAAUAAAAAAUGCAACGCACUUGCUUUUACUCCGGAUAGUCAAAAACUAAUCACAAAUGGCGAAUGUUCUGAAAUGUAUGUAUGGGACAUGAGAAAUCAUAUGUGUAAUCAUCGAGCAAUUGAUGAUGGAUGUUUAUCGGCAGCAUCGAUAGCAAUUUCGUCUAGUGGUCAAUUUACAGCUACAGGUAGUAAACAAGGUGUUGUCAAUAUUUAUGACACGAAUACAAUGCUAAAGGCAGAAAAUCCAACACCUUUAAAAAUGAUAACAAAUUUAGUUACGUCUAUUACUAGUUUAAAAUUUAAUCCAACAUCAGAAAUAUUAGCAAUUGCUUCGUCAAAAAAGAAAAAUGCAUUUAAAUUAGUGCAUUUGCCAUCAUUUACAGUAUUUUCAAAUUUCCCUACGUUUCAAACAAAAAUAUGGAAUCCUUUAACUAUUGACUUUUCACCCAACAGUGGAUUUUUAGGUGUAUCUAAUAAUAAGGGUCACGCUUAUUUAUAUAGAUUAAAACAUUAUGGCAAUUAUUAAACAUAUUUGGUAUAUGUAAAUAUAUAAGAAAUGUUAUUGAAAUUCAAUAAUUCAAACAAUAUGUACAAAAUACAGUUAUUUUAAAAUUAAAUAUUUUUUAAAAAUUGA